GUUGCCGGUGGAACGCGCCGAAGAUAUUCUCGUGGUCUCGUGGAAUCGUAAUCGUCGUGGUAUUCGUUGUGUUGUGUUUUGAAUUGGAUAAUAUUGGAUUACCAAGCAGCAGUUAAUGCUGAUUCUUUUUAUUUAGUGUAUUUUUUUUGAGUGCUUGUUAAUGUGCAGUUGAUUCGGUUCUAUUGUAAUCUGAUGCUCCUUUUUGGACUUUAUAAAAAUUGUAUAAUUAGUUAAACAAGUGAAAGUGCAAAAAUCUCGUUUAUUAACCGUGUAAAGUGAUGAAACAAAACGGAAAUUAAAUACAACAUGAAGCUAAACAUAGAUGAGUUGGAGGCAACGCGUCUGCUGCGUCAUCCUCGCCGCUGUCGUCUGCCCUGCGCUCGCAUCCUGAUCAUCUCCACGCUGGUGCUGCUAACGCUCUUCAUCUCGCUGAUCUAUCAUGGCAUUGUGGUGGAGCGAAUGGAUCGCCUGCGUCAAAUAACGAUGCUGAAUGAAAAACACGCUGAGAAACUGCAACCCAUCGAGGAAGAAGCCUUCAUAAUACGUCCACAAUCGCAACCCUUUCACAUUCCGCUGAAGAAAACCGAUCUCGCUGGUGCCACCAAGAGCGAGGAGCAAUCGCUGCGCCUCAAGCAUCUGCGUUUCAAGUUUCGACUAAAACAUAAGCUGCGACCACGUCGCAGUCUCCAUUCCUUGGACAUGAUUGAUCCGCUCCAGCUGGAGGCCAACAUGCAGCACAUUUACACAAAGUUACGGAAUAAGCGUGCCAAAGCUGCGUUGAGUCAGCUGGAGAAAGAUUAUAUGCGCUGCAAGAAACAGACGCAAGAGGAUUGCAUGAGCGCCUUUAUGCGCAUGUAUCAAAUGGCUAACGAGAUCAACGAGAAGCUUGGGAAGAUGCGAGAAAUGAUCAAAGGACACAUUGAUUCGGGCAGCGACGAACAGCAAGAGUUUGAGCCUUUUGUGCCGGCAAAGAAAACACGCACCACAGAGGCUCAAAUUCCUGAGGCAACAACUCCAAUUGCCAAUGACAGCACAACGAGUGGCAUUACUACCGUAGAAACCACAUUAAAACCGUUGCGUGUGAAGAUAAAACCAGCCCAAAUUAGCUGGAUUAUCGAUGGACACGGGCAUGAUGAACAAGAUGCAUAUGCCGAGAAUACUCCACGAGUGUUGGCCACCACUGAGCACAUUAAUCUCACAACUCUGGAGCUCACAACUGUGGCGAGCACAACUGUAGAGCAGAGCAGCACCUCGAGCGACGACAGCAACACGUCUACCAUCAGCAUUUCGGGAGAGACCAGCACAACAAGCAGUGACAACAUCAACUCUACUGUAUCCACUGUGAGCAGCAUUGUGCAGACCACCGAUCAACCCGAUCAGGAUCACUUUUUUGAUAACGUUACCUGGAUUUUGGAUCACUUUGAUAAGCCCAAAGAGAUUGUGCUGACCACGGAGAGUGCGAAACACCAAGAUGCUACAACAGAAGCUGCUGAUAUUUCGACUUUUUAUGAAGAUGAGCAACAAGCUGCCAGCAGUCCAGCUGCUGUGACAAUUCAGUCCGAGCUGCUGCCCACGACGAAGUCCACAAUGUUGACAACAGCUGAGGUGGAAGCGGUGACAACCACAACAGCUGCACAGCAAGUAGAGCAAGCAACUACGCUCAGUUCUACGUUGACUACCUCUACCACACUUGCCACAACGACAACUCCGCUGAUUACCUCAACUUCAACUGCCUCUACACUCGAUGUGGCCACAACAACCAUUGUUAUUGAAGCAGCCAAUCAUACUCUUCAUCCCACCAAGCAAAAACCACUGAAAUAUAGCUGGAUUAUUGAUGGCGCCGACGAUAGCAGCGAACUCAACGAAACCAGCACAACACCACCACAAACAACAACUCAAUUGCCACAUGCUGAAACAACAACGGAGUCUGCUCGUGCUGAGUCGCAUCCGCUGGAUAAUCCCAGCAGCAUUGAAAACAUGCUCGACAGUUUUGAGCGUCAUGAGGCAGAAAAGCCGCUGAUCAAAGUGAUCAACGAGACUUCAACUGCAGCACCCAAGAGUACGACACCAAACGACGAUGAUGAGCAGCCAAUCAAUGUGCUGCAUCUCAAUGAAACCAGCAACUCGACGAACGUCUACGAUCGCUCUCACUGGCUGCAGCAGUUUAAAGAGCAGGCAGCCGCCGCAGAGGACGAGCUGAUUGACACCUUUGGCAGCGAACUGGAUGCCAAGAGUCUGGAGCAACUGGGCCCCAAGUUGAACCCCAUAAACGGCAAGGCAACGAGUGCUGGCGAUGCACAACUCAUCACAAUGUGUGCACACAUGGCGCGCAAGAUGCGACAAAAGGCUGCGCUUGGCGAAACAGAGACUUUCACAGCCUCGCCCAGUGUGCAGUUUACUAGUCGCGGUCCAGGCGGAUUUCCGGUCUCGGGCGAGACGAUGAAAGCCUCGGCACAGUUCAUGUUCAAUCCCAACUUUGGCAUGCCCAGCAUACCGGUUUGUUUCUACAUGACGCCCGCCAAUUUCCGCAUGCCCAUGUGGUCGCCAACGCCUUCGUUUAUGGGCAUGCAGAGUGGACACUUUGGUGGUUCCUCGAAUGCCGCCGGCGGCAUCUUCUUUGUGCCCCAGCAGCAAUUCGGACCCACUGGCAACUUCUUUGGCGGUAGCGCUGGCACAGCGGGCGGAGCACAAAAUCAGUUGCCCAACAUCUUCUCGAAGAAUGCCUCACCCCAAAAACAGGGAAAUGGACAGCAGCAGGUCUACUGCACCUACAUGCAGAAUCAACAGGCUCAGCAGAGUCAAGCACAGAGCACGCCCAUCCAGAGCAAUCUCUCACCCAGCAGCCAAUCGGGCUUCUCCAAUGCCAACUUCAAGAUGCGUCAUGCUAAUCAAACUGGAGCUGGCGCACAUCAGAGUCAGAUUGUCUACGCCUCUUAUGUGGGCGUGCCGCAGCAAUCGCAGGAGAUGCGCAGUUGCCCGGAGGCAGAUCAGGUUGCCUGCUAUGCGAAUAAGGAAUGCAUUGCGGACACAAAUUGGUGCAACAAUGUUGUGGACUGCUCGGAUGGCAGUGAUGAGUCUGCGUGCACUUGUGCUGAUCGUUUGGAUGAGGAUCGACUCUGCGAUGGCUACGAAGAUUGUCCCAUGGCCGAGGAUGAGCUGGGCUGCUUUGGCUGCGAAGCACUGGCGCAUUCGUGUUAUGAGAACGCUGAGGAUUAUGCGCGACACAAUCGCUCGACGCUUUCGAUGUGCUACAGUCGUCAUGAGCGCUGUGAUGGCUUUCAGAACUGCUUCAAUGGGCGCGAUGAGCUGCAUUGCAAUAUGCUGGUCACCGAUGUCACCCAUCACAUGUCUCAUGCUGCAUCCGCUUCAGAGGGUUAUCUGUAUCGCAAUUAUCGCGGCGAUUGGUAUCCGGUGUGCAACAAUGGCGACAAGUGGGCAACAGCGGCCUGCGAGCAAGAAGAACACAUGCAAUCAGCUGUCGAUCUUAGCUUCAGGCAGUUGACGUUGCCGGGUCCAUUCAUUGAGCCUUCGCUGCAUUCUGGCAUGCAUCUGUCACAGGGCUGCCAUGGACGUAACGACCACGAUACGCUGGUAGAUCAUGUGGCCUAUGUCAAGUGUCCGCCACCGCAGUGCGGACUGCCCAGCAAACAGCCAGCGAAGCCGAUCAAACGCUCGAAAAGAACAGUCUUUGAAGAUGACGAUGAGGCAGAGACAGACAAAGGUCGCAUUGUGGGUGGAAGCUAUGCAAGUCCAAUGCAGUGGCCCUUCGUCGUGGCCAUUUAUCGCGAUGGCAAAUUCCAUUGUGGCGGCACUAUCUACACGGAGCGUUGGAUCAUCAGCGCUGCGCAUUGCGUUAUCAACUUUGUGAAGUAUCAUUAUGAGGUGCGCGCUGGUCUCUUGCGGCGUACAAGCUAUUCCCCGGCUACACAAAUCCAUCCCGUCUCCCAUGUGGUAGUCCAUCAGCUUUACGAGCGCAGAAGCAUGCGUAACGAUCUCUCGCUGUUACGAGUUGCAACUCCACUGCAGUUCAAUCGCUGGGUCAAGCCCAUUUGUCUGCCGGAUGUGGGACGCACAACAUUUGGCGAUGACUGGAUUUGGGGACCCGAGGAACACACACUCUGCACAACUGUGGGCUGGGGCGCCAUACGCGAAAAGGGACCAAGCAGUGAUCCCCUGCGUCAAGUGAUUUUGCCUAUACGCAAACGCUGUCCGGAUCCAGAGGAUCAGGCCUCGGAGGAUGUUUGUGCCGGUGAUCCAGAUGGUGGUCGCGAUGCCUGUCAAGGCGAUUCAGGUGGCCCGCUUUUCUGCCGCAGCGUCAACAAUACAGAUGAAUGGUAUUUGGCUGGUGUUGUUAGUCAUGGCAAUGGCUGUGCACGACCCAAGGAAUUUGGCGUCUACACCCGUGUUGCUCUCUAUCUGGAUUGGCUGGAGUUGGCGGUGACACCGCGACUGCUGCCUGCUAAACAACCAGUUCAAUUGUGUCCAGGAUUCACGUGUGUUUGGGGCGGCAAGCGUUGCAUACCCCAGAGACAACGUUGCGACCGUCGAGUGGAUUGUUUGGGUGGCGAGGAUGAGGUCGGUUGUGCCUAUAACUUUAUUCCCGACAUGGUGGGCAGUAGCAAGCAGAAUAUUAGUGCCACCACGGAGAGUGAUUAUUAUCCGUUGGCAAAGCAAGCGACUGAAAUGCAAUCACAACAGCCGCUGAAUAAACAGCGACAGGAUGUGUCUAUUGAAGCUCUGGAUUUAAUGGCAGAGAUUGAAAAUUCGCCACAGAAUGAAACAACAGCGACAGCAACGCCACCUGAAAGUGUCAUUACCACAACAAUUACGGAGCAAAAUCCAAUAUUAAGUGAAGAUGAGACAAGUACGCAAUUUGAGAUGACAACAACGACAACUUUGCAUACAACGCCGCCGUCCGACAAGGCAAUCGCAUUAACAAGCACAACAACAGCAACCACAACAACAUCGAACUCAGCAACAACUCCGACAACAACAGAAGCAGCAGCAACUGUAUCAACUCUGGCACCAACUAGGUCAACAACUUGGCCAACUUCAACAGAGGAUUUCAUGAGACUCACCGACUUAAUUACUCAAUUUCUGGAGGAGUCGACGACAACGGCAGCCAUUGCCGAGGAUGUGACAACCCCAUCGCUGCCUGUUGUCACAACUGAUGCGCCCAAUUUGUCCACAACAACUGCAAAAGAGGCCACAACAGAUUUAGCAACAGCAAGCACUGAGUUGGAGACGAGAUCUAUUGCAAGUGUCAGUUCAACUGACGGCGAUACAACGCCAGUUGAAACAGAGGCAACAACUGAAGACAUAACUGAAGAUUCCACUACGACGCAAUCUAAGACAACAAUCAAAGAGUUCCCUACGACAAAGGAGUUGACUACCACACAGGCAACGAAAGAGUUAACUACGACACAGUCAACUACUCAAUCUACAACGACAGCAACUAAAGCGCCAACGACAACAGCUUCAUCCACCAUCCAUUCAUCUACCACCUCAACGACAACCAUAAAGCCUAACAAAGUCAUUCCAAAGACGCACCUGCCGAAUAAGUUUGUUUGUCAAAGAAUGCCUCAAAUUGUGGAUCUGCAACAUCGCUGUGAUCGCAAAGUCGACUGUGAAGAUGGUACCGAUGAACUCGACUGCACCUGUCGUGACUAUUUGAAGGGCAGUUUCAGUGUGCUCGUCUGCGACGGCAAAGCAGACUGUGAGGAUUUAAGCGAUGAGCAGAAUUGUGGCAGUUGUCAGGAUAAUGAGUUCCAUUGUGCGCUCUCCAAGAGCUGUCUGCCGCUGGCCAAGCGUUGUGACAAUGUAGUGGACUGCACGUUCAAAGAAGAUGAAAAGGAUUGCUUUGCUUUGACCAAUGGCCACGACGUGCACUACGAUGCCCAUCAGCAACCCAAGUUCAGCAACGUUGGCAUCUUCUCAAAGAAUGCGCAUGGCCUCUGGCGUGUUGUCUGUGCCCACGAGACGGGCUUCCAUCAGCAUCAAGCCGAAACAGCGGACUCUGUGUGCGCUCUCUUGGGUUUCCAUGGCGCUCAUUACUUUAACAGCACGGAGUUUGUCAGCCAGAAGGAGAUGCACCCCAUUACACCGGAGCUGUCGAAGAAAUCGGAUCUUCGCUCUGAACUGCGCACUCACUUGAAUGAUAAUUUGCACUUUUCCAGUGCGGAAUUGCAGCGAGUGCUGCCCAGGCAGGAUAAGGAUGCAAUUCACUCGGAAAAGUGCCUGGGCAUCUAUGUGGAGUGCAAUGCUCGCUCCAAUACAACAAAGCCAAUUAAAACAUUCAGUGCUGGGCAGGCGGUGAAGCAACAACCAACAGAAAAUGUGCCAGCAUUGCUGCCUACCAUUGAAACUCACAACAAACCCAAUGUUCACUUUAAGCCCCAACUGCCAGCACAGAUGGUCAACAAGAAGGAUGAGAUCAUGGAUCGUUUGGAUAUUUUGAUCAAGAGCAAAAAGAACAAGACGUUGCUAGUGCAAGAUCAAUUGCAUGAAGCUAUCGAGGAGCUCCAUUGGCCUUGGUUAGCAGACGUCUAUGCAAAUGGCGAAUUGUGGUGUCUUGGCGUGCUGUUGGACAAACACUGGCUGCUGGUGCACGACAGUUGUCUCUCAGGCAUUAGCUUUGACACGCACUACAUUAGCGUCUUGUUGGGUGGCGGCAAGACUCGACGCUCUUUGCACCGCAGCAGUCAUGAGCAGAUUCGUCGUGUGGAUUGCUUUGAGGCUGUGCCCAAGUCCAAUGUGUUACUGUAUCAUUUGGAGCAGCCUGCUAGAUUCACGCAUCACGUGUUGCCCAGCUUUUUGCCAGACACCUCAAAUCAGCAGGAUGGUGUAAUUGAAGAAUGCAUCAGCGUGCUGCACGAUGAUCUUUCAGGACGCAUAAAAACUGUGGCCAUUUCCAAGUCAAACAACCAGACAGACUGCAGUUCUUGUUAUCAACUCCAGGAACAGCGUCCAUCUGGCAAUUUAAUGCGUUUGCUUAAUCUUAGUGCCGAGGAUAUGGCUUCCAUAUCAGAUGAAGUUGAUCUUGUGAGCGGUGUGGCUGCUAGAGAGAUGCCUUCGCUUACCAAAUUCACCAGCUGCACGCAGUUUGGCCACAAGAAUAACAGCGAAACUGAAAUUCAACCCAGCGAUCAGGGAGUGCUUGUCUGUCGUCAUGCCGACACGGGAUGGUUCCCCUCUGCGCUCUUUACCUAUAACAAUACGAAUUGUUACAGCUUCAAAGCACCUUUUGGCAUUAGAACACUUGAGCAGUCGUACAAAACUCUGCAGGAUAUUAUAGAUCAACCGCACUGCAGCAAUGUGCAAUCAUUACCACCUUGUGCCACACAUCGUUGUCCUCUGGGUGCUUGUUUACCACAGUCUGCAUUAUGCGACGGACGCAGUGACUGCCACGACAACAGUGACGAGGAGGAGUCCAAAUGUCGAGAGCUGAAACAGCGCUGUGGUCCGGGUGAAAUGAAAUGCCGCUCCAGCAACAAAUGUGUGCCAAAGAGCAAGUUCUGUGACCAUGUGCCAGACUGCGAGGAUAUGACAGAUGAACCCACCAUUUGCAGCUGCUUUACCUAUCUACAAGCGACGGAUCCUUCAAAGAUUUGCGAUGGCAAGCGCAACUGCUGGGACAAAAGCGAUGAGAGUUCGGCGCUCUGCGACUGCACCCCAGAUCACUUUCCUUGCAGCUCUUCUCCCGGAGAUUGCAUUCCGCGUGACUUUGUGUGCGAUAAACAACUCGAUUGUCCAAAUGGCGAAGAUGAGCGCUAUUGCUUUGGCAUUGAACAUCCGCUGCAUGAUAAGCCAAUGGAUUACUUUUCGGGACACAAUCAGGCAGUGUCACAGUAUGGUCAGGUCAUUGAGCAAUCCUAUGGCAUUUGGCACACCAAAUGCUUCCCCAAGAGCACGCCGCCCAGCAACGCCGAAGUGCGGAGCAUAUGCGAAAAGCUCGGCUACAAUCCGCAUCGUCAGCCCAGCUAUAGACUCAUAGACGAUGCUGCCAACGAAGCUGUGCACACUUAUGAGUGGGCCGAUAGGCGAGGUCGCAGCUUCAGCAAUGACACCUUGGUGGGCAAGUAUCGGGACUCAACGAAGGCGCAGAUCGUCAGCAAAUUUUCGCCGCUGCAGCUUAAUGAGCGACUCACGCUCUUCCUCAAACCCAGUCGACCCAUUGCGGAGCUGGUCAGAUGGAACUCGACGGAUUCGAGUCGCUGCUUCAGGCUGGAGAUUCGCUGUGCCUGAAAGGUAUUCAAUCUUUUCUAAUUGUUGUUUUCUUUUUGUACGUUUUAGUAGCAAAAUAAAAAACAAGAUUCCAUUUUUAUAAUUAAA